UAUGGAAAUGAACCAUUUAGAUAAACUCGUGUUAAAGGUCAAACAGCAUAUCUAUUGUAGGUAAUUAACCCAUCAUAGUUACCUACCUAUAGUGUAACGCUAAUUACUUUAUAGUGUUCGGAUCUAAAUCGGAUCUUCAUUUAUAAUAAGUAAACCACAGCAGUGAUGUUAUUACAUUGUUGAAUCAUUUUUAUUAAAAGUGUACGAAAAAUAUGAAGAAGGUUUAGUGAAUUUUUAUGGUUUUGAAUUUGAUCGGUAUAAGGGACCAUGGGGCUCCAAAUGAAAAAUACGUUUGGAUUCGUUAGUCGACGAAAUAAACACACUGGAAAAGUUAUAGCGAUAAGGCGCGAAGACCAAUCAGUAUGGGAAAGACGUGCACCACUUGCACCCUCCAAUGUUUAUCAAUUAACGAAAAAAGGAGUAAAAGUGAUCGUGCAACCAUCUAACAGAAGAGCCUAUCCCGUUCAAACUUAUUUAAAUGCUGGAGCGGUGAUUCAAGAAGAUAUUUCUGAAGCUUCGGUUAUUUUCGGUGUAAAGCAAGUUCCUAUGGAAUUAUUAAUACCAGAUAAAACAUAUUGUAUGUUUUCACAUACGAUAAAAGCCCAAGAAAGCAAUAUGGGAUUGUUGGAUGCAAUUUUGCAAAAGAACAUAAGAUUGAUUGAUUACGAAAAAUUAGUCGAUGAAUAUGGACAGAGAGUCGUAGCAUUCGGGAAAUACGCUGGAGUUGCUGGGAUGUUGAACAUUCUCCAUGGAUUAGGUUUGAGACUGUUGGCGCUGGGACAUCAUACACCUUUUAUGCAUUUAGGUCCGGCGCAUAAUUAUCGCAAUUCGAUGAUGGCUAGGCAAGCUAUUCGAGAUACUGGUUAUGAGAUCGCUUUGGGAAUGAUGCCUAAAUCAAUCGGUCCUUUGACUUUUAUAUUUACUGGUUCUGGAAAUGUUUCUCAAGGAGCCCAAGAACUUUUUCAAGAUCUUCCUCACGAAUACGUCCCGAUUGAGAUGUUGCAAAAAGUUGCUGAACACGGAUCUCGAACAAAAUUGUACGGCUGUGUCGUUCAGAGACAUCAUUAUCUCGAACGCAUUGAUGGCGGUGGCUACAACCAAGAAGAAUACGAACAAUUUCCUAAUCUUUAUAAAUCAAGUUUUAAUAAAAAAAUAGCACCUUAUGCGUCAGUAAUCAUUAAUGGAAUAUAUUGGGCUGUCGGUUCACCAAAAUUGUUGACUGUUCCGGAUGCGAAAAAUUUGCUCCGUCCUGUUCACAUGCCAUGGCUACCUACUUCUGAAGGUGCCCCAAAGUUACCUCACAGAUUAUUGGCAAUUUGUGAUAUUUCAGCUGAUCCUGGAGGAUCGAUUGAAUUCAUGGACGAGUGUACCACCAUCGAUAAUCCAUUUUAUAUAUACGAUGCUGAAAGACAUACAACUGAUUGUAAUAGUUUCAAAGGAGACGGCAUAUUGAUUUGUUCGAUUGAUAACAUGCCAACUCAAUUGCCCACCGAAGCAACGGAUUUCUUUGGUAAUCUCAUGAUGCCUUAUGCUCUCGACAUAUUAAACUCCGAUGCGACCAAACCUCUCGAAGAAAAUGAUUUUAAACCUUCUGUUUUUGGAGCUAUUAUCGCGAGUAACGGUAAACUUACGUCGAAUUUCGAAUAUAUUCAAGAAUUGAGGAAUCUAAAUAGCAAUCGUAGUCGUCAUAAAAGCGGAAUUACAAGCAGCAGUAUGCGUAAAGUUUUGGUACUCGGUGCUGGUUACGUAUCUGGCCCCUUGGUCGAGUAUUUGAAUCGGGACGAAGCAGUGCAGCUUACAGUUUGUUCAUCGAUUGAAGAAGAUUUAAGAAAUAUAUCGAAUAAUCACGAUGGCGUUGAUACAGUUUUAGUGGACGUCAUGAAAGAUCCCGAACAAUUAAAAAUUUUGAUUAAAAACAACGAGGUUGUUGUUUCAUUAUUACCUUAUCAGCUGCAUCCUUUUAUCGCCAACUUGUGUAUUGAACUUGGUGUAAACAUGGUUACCGCGUCAUAUUGUACCGAUGAAAUGAUGAAAUUACAUGAUAGAGCUGUUGAAGCAGACAUAACAGUUAUGAACGAAGUUGGAUUAGAUCCUGGCAUUGAUCAUCUCCUUGCCAUGGAAUGCUUCGAUAGUAUCCACGAAGCUGGUGGUAAAGUCGAUUCAUUCGUAUCCUAUUGUGGAGGAUUACCAGCGCCGGAAUUUUCUAGCAAUCCUUUGAGAUAUAAAUUUUCAUGGUCUCCAAAAAGUGUCUUAUUAAAUGUUACCGGAUACGCGAAAUAUUUACGAGAAUCGAAGAUAACUGAAAUUCCCAUCGGAGGACAACUAAUGAAUCACGUAGAAAGUCUCGACUUCUUACCGGGUUUCGCUCUGGAGGGAAUUCCAAACCGAGAUAGUGUUAAAUACGCCGAUCUUUAUGGAAUAUCUGCCGAAGUUCAAACUAUUUUCAGAGGAUCUUUGAGAUAUCGCGGAUUUAUUGACAUGAUGAAAGCUUUGAAAGAAAUAGGUUUAAUUGAUCCUAAUCCACAUCCUUCCCUUCACCCACAAGGACCCGAAAUUACUUGGAGACAAUUCAUUUGCACAUUAAUUAGCUCAUCUUCCGAUAUAUUUUUUGAAAACUUGAAAACAAAAGUCGCUGAUCGAGUAGGAUAUUUGGUUAAUGGUAUUGACGAACUUGGCCUAUUGGAAGACGACUUGAUUGAAAAAUGCAAUACUCCACUGGAUACAUUAUCGAAUCAUUUGCAGAAAAAAUUGAAAUUGGCUAAAGAGGAAAGAGACGUUAUUAUUUUACAUCACAGUAUUGGAAUUGCAUGGCCCAUCGGUCGAAAAGAAAUGAAACACAUUACAUUAGUUGAAUAUGGACAACCUGAAGGUAAAACAGCUAUGGCUCGAACUGUAGGUUUACCCGCUGCAAUCGCCACAAAUAUGUUAUUAAAAGGUGAAAUACAGCAAAAAGGUAUGGUAUUGCCUCUUACACCCGAUAUAUACAGACCGAUGUUAUCUCGACUUCGACUAGAAGGAUUAAAAGCUAUCGAAAACACAUUAAACUUUUAAUUAAGCCAGGGUGACCGAAUGAUUAAGCCUCGAUGAUGGAAUAAUACCUACCGUAAUAACUUCUGUUUUGAUUUACGAAUAUAUUACUGAUGAGUUUGCAGCAAAAUCAAAUUGAACUAAAAAUGACAAUUAAUUAAAACAGCUCUUGAAAUUUUUAAAUUUUCUACAAGUUUUUUUUCUUGAAAUCAUUCAGGAAAAAAAUCUGUGGUAUUAUGUCUUGGAAAAUUGAAUUUUAAGAAUUGAAAAUACCUAUUUAAUUAAGUACCUACUUACAAUAAAGGUGCUUAUUUGUUCAA